AUGCGCAAGUGUAAUCUUGUGGUCUGCACGCCAACAGAGCAGUUCCAGGAUCGCCGGCAUUCGCAAUACUGUAGUAGAUAUGUGCCCGCACCGCUUCUGUAUUCGGCAUACAGCGUGAGCACCGCAGACAUGCAAAAUCUGUGGACAUCCACAGCGGUGCUGCGCUGCAAAACGUGAAGUGGUAGUCUCUAAUGUUACCCCAGGAGAGCAGCAGCUUGUUUCUGGUCAGGCUGCCAGGCCACUGUCGAAUUGAUACGUGUGACCGAAGCGACAAAACUAGUAAUAUUUUAAAACAAACGAGGUAUCAAAAUGAAAUCAUUUGUAUGCAUGCAA